GGGUUACGGCAUUUCAUCAGCUGUGUGUGAUAGAAUUUUGUGUGGAAAAGAAUUGUGUGUAAAAAGUAAAACUUUUAUAUAAAAAUGAUAACGUGUAAUCGCUUAAAUUUGAACAUUUUACGUAAAGUAUCAAUUAAAAGUGUAACACAACAGCCCCUGCUAGCAAUCGAAAAUGUCGGAAGCAGCAGACAGAACACAAAAUCCUGGACCAGCCUUAGUAUAACAAAUGGAAAUUUCUUAUUGCAAAGACAUUUCGAGCAAAAACAACAGCAGCAGCAGAAAAGUCAAAUACAACGUAACUUUUAUACCUCAGAGAAAUUAAAUGCGAAGGAUUACUAUCAAACAUUGGGAGUAGCAAAGAAUGCCUCGGCUAAGGAUAUAAAAAAGGCCUACUAUCAAUUGGCGAAAAAGUAUCACCCUGAUACAAAUAAAGAUGACCCCGAUGCCAGUCGUAAGUUUCAAGAAGUUUCUGAGGCCUACGAGGUAUUGAGUGAUGAUACAAAAAGACGUGAAUAUGAUACCUAUGGACAAACUUCCGAGAAUAUGGGACGCCAGGGUGGAGGUUUUGGAGGUCAUGGACCACAAGGAUUUUCACAAAACUGGCAGUUUAGAUCAUCCAUAGAUCCAGAGGAAUUAUUCCGCAAAAUAUUUGGUGAAGGAAAUUUUCGCUCAAAUUCUUUUGAUGAUUUUGCAGAGUCACAAUAUGGUUUUGGUCGCUCCCAAGAAAUGGUAAUGGAUUUGACAUUUGCUCAAGCCGCAAGAGGUAUCAAUAAAGACAUAAAUGUCAAUGUGGUGGAUACUUGCAAUAAAUGUAAUGGCAGUAAAUGUGAACCUGGUACUAAACCGGGCAAAUGUCAAUAUUGUAAUGGCACUGGCAUGGAAACCAUAUCGACUGGCCCGUUUGUUAUGCGUUCCACUUGUCGCUACUGUCAGGGCACACGGCAAUACAUUAAAUAUCCAUGUGCUGAAUGUGAGGGCAAGGGCCAAACUGUACAAAGAAGAAAAGUAACUGUACCUGUACCGGCCGGUAUUGAAAAUGGACAAACCGUACGCAUGCAAGUGGGUAAAAAAGAAUUGUUCAUUACGUUCCGUGUCGAGCCUAGCAAAUACUUUAGACGUGAAGGUGCUGAUGUUCACACCGAUGCUACCAUAUCCUUGUCACAAGCUGUUUUGGGCGGCACAAUACGUGUUGAAGGUGUUUACGAAGAUCAAUGGCUAAACAUUGAACCGGGCACUUCAUCACAUCAUAAGAUUUUCCUAAGAGGCAAAGGCCUCAAGCGUGUUAACUCUCACGGUCAUGGUGAUCAUUAUGUAAAUAUUAAAAUAGAAAUUCCUAAAAAACUAACCAAAGAACAAAAAGAGUUAUUGCAACAAUAUGCUGAAUUAGAAACGAAUACACCGGGUUCGAUACAUGGCUUAACCAAACGGCAAGAUGGCAGCAAGAAAGCAACUUCAAGCGCUACACAGAAUUCCACAAAAAGUGAAACCGAGUCAUCAUCAUCUACAACAACAAAAACAUCUUCGUCCGAGUCUCAAUCUUCUAACACACCGAAAACACCUUCAAAAGAGGAGGAAGAUAAAAAAGAUUCUGGUAUUUUUUCGAAACUAAAAUCCAUGUUUAAUUAACUUAAUUAAUUGGCUGUUUUUUGUAUUAUGAAUUAUUUUCUUUGUUAAAUUCUUGUGUAUUUUUAUUUUCCAUUUCCCUUCCUCUUUUUAACUGCUAAGACUUAGCAAGAAGUUCGUAGAACAAAUGCCUACCAAGUUCGAGUUUUUUUUAUAAAAUGUUGUAAAUUUUAUAAAAAAAAAAAAUAGAUAUGCAAGAAACAGAACAUGUUAUGUUAUAAUUGUUACGUUAUUUUACAUUAAAAAUAACAAUAAAUAGACAAAAUAAUUAAACAAAUAA